AUGCAGCAUACUUCUUGGCUCGAUAAGCUCAACGGCAACGAAUUUGGCCGAGUAUGGGCGUGGGGGAACAACCUCGACCAGCUAGGAGACUAUGUCAAAGCCAGCCCUUGUGAGAUGUCUGACAUUCCGCAGAGUCGGCCGGAGCCCGUGCUCAUCGCUGAGGCUACUCGAAGAGGAGCAGAAUUUCGCUUCUAUACCGAGUUUGUGAGCUUGGUACACGACGACCUAGGCGUCAGCGUGACUCUCAGGAGCAGGGAGACGCAUGAAGAGAAGUCUAAACUGGUUCUUAACACAGAGGCGCCGAGCUGGUCGGCGGUGGGAAACUUUCGCAUGGCGCACCGGUGGGAUGAGUUUGUCGUGUCCAUGCACCCGGCCAGCAAAGAUUCGACUACCUUUUCCCCCAGCCGGGCCGAGCUGCUCGAGAGGCUUCACCAGAUGAUUGGCGACGCUACCGUACCGGUAGAGAUCCUUUCCCACUUUACGUGGACCAUUAAUGAUCAAGUUGCCGAGACGUGGCAGCAAGGCCGGGUUCUGUGCAUUGGCGACGCGACGCAUCGCCAUCCGCCCAUCAAUGGGCUGGGAAGCAACACGUGCAUAUCGGAUGCUUUAAACCUGGCCUGGAAGCUUGCGUACGUGCUCCAAGGCUGCGCAAGUCCAUCGCUGCUGGAUUCACUGACGCCGGAGCGCAAGCCGGUAGGGGAUGGCGUCGUGCGGCGCGUAAACGAGGGCAUGGAAGCGCACCGCAGGCUCUGGGACAUCCUUGGAACGACGAAAGCGUCAUGCGAGGAAGCCGAGCUUCUGCUGCGCCAGCAUAGCGCUCAGGGAAGAAUGAAGCGCCAGGAGCUGAAGAGAGCGCUAGAGGCUACCGAGGACGAAGUUCAGGCCUUGGGCAUCCAGAUGAACCACGUGUACUUGGGCAUACCUGGGGCCGUGUGCUUGGUCGAGCCCGGCGACGCCAGACCCGACUUCUCCUCGAUCAACACUCUCUGCCGGCAGCUCAUUACUACAUUCCCGGGCUACCACGUUCCGCACAUCUAUGGCAAGGGCAACUUUACACUCCUGACCGGCAUCGGAGGCAAACCGUGGAGGGAAGCUGUCAACGCCGUCUUGCGUGAGAGAGGGGAUGUGAUCAAUAUUCAUUCCAUCGGUAUCAGAUGUGACUACAUUGACUGCUACGGCGACUGGGGUUCUCUACGAGAGGUCGACGAUGAUGGCGCCAUUCUUGUUCGCCCAGAUCACUCUGUGGCUUGGAGAAGUAUCAAAGCUAGCCCCAAAGCCGAGGAGAAGCUAUUUGAUGCAUUCAAGCGUUUACUCGGAAAAUAA